CGAGUAUUCCCUUUAUCUGGAACUAGAAUAAGAGUUCCCGCAGUGUAAAUCUGUCUUCUAAAAGAAAACAAUUUUUAAUAUCAUUUAUUUUCAGUUGUUCACAAAUUCUUUUAUACCUGCUUUGCUUUCCUUUUACUUUUAUAAAUCCAAAUUUCAUCAUAUAAUAUAUAAACCAUAGGCUCCCGGGCACUUUGGAGGGACUUUUUGUUAAAAAAGCAUGUGGCUGUGUGUGUGUGUUUCCAUCUCUUUUUUGCAAGAGGUAUUUCCUCUUAGUUGGAAAGCCACAUUUGGGUACAGACAUCUGGGUAUAAUGUCACCAGUAGAAAUUAGCAUUUUUUGUUUUUCUAACUUUUGAAGCUCUGGUCAGCUUCACAUGGGCUUCUAUCAGUUGAUAUGGCAUCUUCAACUUCAGCCAAGAGGAGGCUAUUAGAUUAUAAGUGCUAAAAAUGAUGAGUCGUCUCCACACUUGAGCCAGCAUGAAUGCAAGCAAGAUUGUAAAAUAAUUAUAAUCUGAAGCAGAGCCAGCCAUGCAACCCCAGCCUAUCUUGCUUCAUUAAUUUGUAUACAGUUCUUAUUUCAAGAGAACAAACUUUCAGAGGGUACUCACAUGGGGCUGCUGAACCAGCUGUACAACUUUUAUUUUGAAGAAAAAAAGUUGAGCCUCAGAACAGUCUGUUUUAAAGACAGGGAGGGACUUAGCCUUUCGGAGCUUGACCAGCAUGUGGAAGGAGAGCUCUCAUGGCUGCAAUAACUUAGGGCGUUUCUACCUGGAUGACACUGGGGCAGGAAGUUUUCUGUUUGUUUUGUUCUGUUUCGGAGGGUCCCGUGCACUUCUCUUGCCUGGAUCAACGUGACUCUUGGUGGUUUUUGCACACCCUGCUCUGUGGGGGAGUGCCCCAACGUGCCUGUCUUAUGUGGCCUCUAUGGACACACUGCUCAGCUGGCAGAGAGCAGGGAAGUUUUCUCCCAGCACCCAAAAAGAGAAAGAGGAAACUACUUUUUCUUUCUGGACUCCUUGCAGCACAAUAGAUCAGAAUAAGCUUCCACAUUUCCUCUCUGGAGUUUCUGGAGUGGUUUCCAGGAAGAAGUUAAACCUUCACCUUUAAAUGGAUGACCAUGUCACAAUCAGGAAGAAACAUCUCCAAAGACCCAUCUUUAGACUAAGAUGCUUAGUGAAGCAGCUGGAAAGAGGUGACGUUAACGUCGUUGACUUAAAGAAGAAUAUUGAAUAUGCGGCAUCUGUGCUGGAAGCAGUUUAUAUCGAUGAAACAAGAAGACUUCUGGAUACUGAAGAUGAGCUCAGUGACAUUCAGACUGACUCAGUCCCAUCUGAAGUCCGGGACUGGUUGGCUUCUACCUUUACACGGAAAAUGGGGAUGACAAAAAAGAAACCUGAGGAAAAACCAAAAUUUCGGAGCAUUGUGCAUGCUGUUCAAGCUGGAAUUUUUGUGGAAAGGAUGUACCGAAAAACAUAUCAUAUGGUUGGUUUGGCAUAUCCAGCAGCUGUCAUCGUAACAUUAAAGGAUGUUGAUAAAUGGUCUUUUGAUGUAUUUGCCCUAAAUGAAGCAAGUGGAGAGCAUAGUCUGAAGUUUAUGAUUUAUGAACUGUUUACCAGAUAUGAUCUUAUCAACCGUUUCAAGAUUCCUGUUUCUUGCCUAAUCACCUUUGCAGAAGCUUUAGAAGUUGGUUACAGCAAGUACAAAAAUCCAUAUCACAAUUUGAUUCAUGCAGCUGAUGUCACUCAAACUGUGCAUUACAUAAUGCUUCACACAGGUAUCAUGCACUGGCUCACUGAACUGGAAAUUUUAGCAAUGGUCUUUGCUGCUGCCAUUCAUGAUUAUGAGCAUACAGGGACAACAAACAACUUUCACAUUCAGACAAGGUCAGAUGUUGCCAUUUUGUAUAAUGAUCGCUCUGUCCUUGAGAAUCACCAUGUGAGUGCAGCUUAUCGACUUAUGCAAGAAGAAGAAAUGAAUAUCUUGGUAAAUUUAUCCAAAGAUGACUGGAGGGACCUUCGGAACCUAGUGAUUGAAAUGGUUUUAUCUACAGACAUGUCAGGUCACUUCCAGCAAAUUAAAAAUAUAAGAAGCAAUUUGCAGCAGCCUGAAGGGAUUGACAGAGCCAAAACCAUGUCCCUGAUUCUCCAUGCAGCAGACAUCAGCCACCCAGCCAAAUCCUGGAAGCUGCACUAUCGGUGGACCAUGGCCCUAAUGGAGGAGUUUUUCCUGCAGGGAGAUAAAGAAGCUGAAUUAGGGCUUCCCUUUUCCCCACUUUGUGAUCGGAAGUCAACCAUGGUGGCCCAGUCACAAAUAGGUUUCAUCGAUUUCAUAGUAGAGCCAACAUUUUCUCUUCUGACAGACUCAACAGAGAAAAUUGUUAUUCCUCUUAUAGAGGAAGCCUCAAAAGCCGAGACUACUUCUUCCUAUGUGGCAAGCGGCUCAACCACCAUUGUGGGGUUACACAUUGCCGAUGCACUAAGACGACCAAAUGCAAAAGGUUCCAUGAGCGAUGGGUCCUAUUCCUCAGACUACUCCCUUGCAGCAGUGGACCUGAAGAGCUUCAAGAACAACCUGGUGGACAUCAUUCAGCAGAACAAAGAGAGGUGGAAAGAGUUAGCUGCACAAGCUUCAUCUUCAGAUCAUGUUCUACAUCAUGUUAGCAGUACAAUAGAGCAGGAGUAUGCAUUUGAUAGAGUGGAACUUUCAGAAGAUAAGAAUCAUGAAGUUCUAAGAAGCGAUAUUCAGUCACUUAACCCUAGAAGAGCUUAAAUAAUUGUUUGAAUGGUGAGUGUGUGCUUGUGUGUUAUCCAUUCAUUCACUCAUUCCUUUAUUACAAAGGUAUAAACUCAAUAGUUUUCAACCUGGGCAGCCUAUCAGCAUCAUCUGGACUACUAUUUUUUAAAGUUCAACAUGACCUUUCUCCAGUUCACAGAGGAAGAUCCAGGUAGAACACUUUUGUGCAUUUAAAUCAGUGCAACAAGACGUGUAGGGGAAGAGCAGGAAAUAUCAGCUCAUGGUCAGGACAAGCCAAGUACAGAUCUAAAUCUGAGCCAGCUUCACCUUGGCAGGAUGAAGUCAGGAAAUGGCAAUGGGAACCUUUGUAGUUAUAUCCAUCUAGGGAUAGGACAGUUCCAUUGUAUCUAUCCUGCAUGAUAUCUAUAUCUUGGUUCAUACUGCUGUACUCUGGAAUGUUUGCUGUCUACUCCUGGGAAGACCAGUGGACAAGGUCAUGACUGGUCCUGGAACAUAAGGUUACUCUUCAUACAACUUGAAGUCUAGCUACGCCUAUGUUUUCCUAUGUCUCUACCUUUGGUUUUGUUCUUCCCUCCUCAUAGAAUGCUUUUCCUGGGCCCCCUCCUCCAUUCUGCUUAUUAAAAUCCUACCUGUUUUCCAAGAUUCAAUUAAAAUGCCAUCUUCUCCAAGAAGCCUAUCACUUAGUUUUAUAAACAUAGCUAUCUCUUUCAUACUGUAGUGUAGUUAGACUGCUUAUCAUAUUCUACCUUGCAUUCUCAAAAUAAGAAGUGAGAAAUGCAUUUGCAGGAGGCCUACCCAAAUUAGAGUUCUAGUAAGAGAGUGGAGCUGGACAGGACAUUUAACUACACGUGGCUUAUCGAGGUUCUGGCAUUCUGCUUUGGGUGCAUGCACCAUUUCUCUAUGCAAUGAGAGCCACUGUGUAUUAUGAGAUAUGAUUGGAGUAUGUUUCAAAUGUAAAAACUAUGGAUUUUGACAAAAGGUUGAGAACCACUAAUCAAAUCAUUACAAAAAUAUUUAUAGAGACCCCCGAUGUACCAGUGCAAACAAAUGCCUAUCACCUUUUUUUCUUGAGAGCAGAAGUCAAGAGGUGCUUAGCAUCAGAUUUCUGGUGCCUCCUACUCAGGGCUAGGUAAGAGCUCUGUCAAUGUUGAUUAGAGGAAAGUUGGUUCCACUUUGUGGAAGUCUGAUGUUAAUGGUGAGUCCACAUAAAUGAAAUAGUAUUACCCACUAUUUGGUACUAUGUUUUUGUUUGUUAGCUAAAUGACCUUAAAAAUCUAAUAAAUCACAAAAGGGCAGACUGAAUGUAAGGGUUGUUCCCCAAAAGUUUCUGCUCAUGUUUUAUGUCUGCAUUUGCUAUGUUUUCUGAUACCUCAAACCUAGUCACUUGCUCUAAUUGUACUUUGCAAUAUAAGUAAUGCACGCAAGAGUGCAUGGGAGUUUUGUGGCUUCUGAAAACUCUGGGACAAGAAGUACAGAAAUUUGGGAAGUAGAGGUAAUAAUGGGGAAGGGAGUAUUGGGUUGGAUGUUGCACUGUCGAACAGAGAUGAUAGGGCAGAGUAAGCUAAAGUCUUUGGGUACAAGGUAUGGAACAGCUCUCAGAGACAGUUCUCUCAUUCUGGUGCCGCUCUCAUCUAAUAGGAGUUUGAUGUGUGACCAGAAUUUGACUGGGUUCAUGUGUAAUGUUCACACCAAGGACAGACUCAAGACUUUGUCAUAUACCCCCAAUAACUGGCCCAGCUCCAAGUACUAAAAGUACUUCCAAAUUAUUGGAUGCUCUGUUGUCUUAACUUUACACCUUGAAGAACAGAAAUCCCUUCUUUUGUCACCACUCUUCUCUUCUCUCUCCAAAACCUACAGGUUUCUGUUCCUCUUGAUUUCAGGUCUCUGUCCAUCUCUCUUCUCAUUCUGCUUCUAAAAUACUCCCAAUUUUUCAGAACGAUUUAGUUCUGGUCUAAAGAUUAAUCAAUUCAACAAAGCAAAAGCCUGAUGGUUUCCCUAAAAUGACAUCUAUAAUUCUUCAAACAAAAAUCAUGUACCCUACAUAAUAUGCAAUGCUGCAUAUUGUCUGGGUUGAUCAUGAUUUGUCUGUUAUUUUCAACUUCAUUAGAAUUUCUAAAAAUAUUAAUUUCCUCAUUACCCUCAGGACAUUUUUCAAAAUCUUAAUCACUGUACCUAUGACCUACAUUUGUAAUUAGAAAAUAUCACAUGAGUUACUGAGUUAGAUGGUUGCUUAUUUUUUUAACAUUUUAUGGUUUAUUUAAAUUAUAUUUUUGCUAGAAAAGCUCAUAAAUUUUCUCAGUGGGAAACAAAAAAAUGGGAAUAGGUUUUAUAUCACUGGUUAAAAAAUUUAAAAACAAAACUAGGAGUGUUUUUCACUAGAAGUAAGAGAAACAUUUAAAAUUGAUGGGAAAGUAUUAACAUUAUUAAAAGAUCAAAUCUGCCUUAUGAUUAGCAUAGUAUUUUAAUAUAUUAUGAGAGUUCACUAAACUUUAUAUAUUGUUUAUAUUCUUAAAAUGCAAUAUUGUAUAUUAUGUAUUGUAAAUGAUCUUUGUAAUUAUAUUGGUGUUAAUGCCAAAUCAAUUCAUAUUAUACUAACUACAUGUUUAUGUUCCAGGAAAUACACUGAGUUUUAUUACAGUCACUAUCCCGUUUAGUCAGACAAAUAACCUCACAAUUUAGAUAUUUUCAUAUCUAAAUCCAAGGUGAGAACUGAGGUCUAAGGCAGUGAAGUAAGUCUCCAUCACAGGUGUAUACAAGUAUUACAAAUGAAUCUAACUUUCUCAUUUCUUUUCAUGGUUUCAUAUAGCACACAGAAAAUUCUAUGGUAUAGAUACAUGGUAGGAGUAAAGACAGAAAGAGGAAAGAAUUUCCUGUGAAACCUUACCCCAAAGACUAGGAUAAUUGCUUCAUCAAAUCUACCUCUGUUUAAUCUUAGCACAAUUUAUCCAAUGAGCUUACACAUGUACUCAUAAGAUUAGUUAUAUCUCACAGAUAUUUUUAUUUUUAAAAGUGGAAAAUUAUGAAUUUGGGAGUGAAAUUUUAUAUCAUUUAUUUAUUCACCCAUUGGCCGUCUAUACAAAAAAAAAAAUUACAGCUAACUAUACAAGAAAAGAAUUUUAGUCUGACAAAAGUGAAGCUCACUCAGAGAACCUAAAUUAUUUGUCUAACAUCACAAAAUUUUUGAAAAGGUGGGACUUUUCAGCCAUUUUGCUUAAAUUCAAAAACAGUAACCUGUAUCAUGUUCUAUAAGUUAAUUAUGAUGGGUUGGUUUAGUUAAAUUCUCUAAACUUCCCUCCAGAGCAAAAAGUGUGCUCCGAAUCUACUGAUGGAAGGAUUCUGACAGCAGCAGAACUUAAGGGUAUUUUAAGUGAUAUUGUGUGUGUGAGUCUGUGUGCGUGUAUGAAAAAGAGAGAGAAGGAGAGAGAAUGUGUGUGUGUGUGUGUGUGUGUGUGUGUGUGUGUGUCCCGUCCACUGUAUUUGCAUGGAUGACAAAAGUAAGAAAGAAGGUAGAAGGAGCAUGCCUGCAUUCCCAUAGAGAUUAUUAGCUGGCUUGGUGAUGAUAAAACGUUUUCCCAAGAGUGGCAGGACUAGGACAAGAAAGGAUCUGGGUUGGCAGGAAGAUGAGUUAUCAGAUGAUGUACUCUAUACUAAAUUUAUGAGUAGGGGUGGUCUGUGAAGCUCAACUGUCUUGGAGUAACUCUGAGAUAUUUGCUCAUAGUUAGAUAUAGUCAGGAUUUUAGAAGUUAAUUCCAGAAGAUUCCACUAAUCCUCUUCAUCCAAGGUAUGCAUUUUGUCCCUCCCAUUUGUUUAACGGGAACCCUAGCAGAUGGUCCUUAUUGAGUAUUAUAGAUUUUUUUCUUUCUCUGUGUCAUAUCUCAUUGUUAUGAUUAACAAUUUUAGCCAAUACUGUCUUUACUAUUAUUUUACUUGUAUCACUCAGAGCUUAUGACAUUUGUUGUGUUGAUGCACAAAAUCUAUGCCACAUUUGUGUGCAAAUAAAUAAAUAUAACUAAUUCUUAUGGUGUAACUUUCAGCAUUUAUGUUUCAGUAUGCUUUUUUCAAUGUACAAUAUUCUUUCCUUAAAAGUGUAUUUCCCUAACUCUACUAAACUGGAAAUGGAAUCAAUAUAAAGUCUGGUAAAUAGUAAAGAGAAGAAACCUAAUCUCAAUGAGUUUAGGAUUGUUCUAAAACCCACAUGUAGCCAAAAUUGUCCUUCUAUAGUUCAUCUUAAUGCUUAUGAGUUUACCAAAUCCUUAUGAGUUAAAGAAAUUAUUUAUGAUUUUUAUAUUAAAUUACAAAAAAUUAAGAUCAUAUUGGGAAUGAUUAUAACUUGUCAGAUACACACACAUACACAUAUACACAUACACACAAGACUUAAUAAUUUUCUUGAUGCCUUUUCAGGAGAUUAAGGAAUGAUAGAGCACAAUUCCACCUGAAAAUCAUGUUAUAACCUAUGUGACAGCAUUAGCCCUUCCAGGUCUGUAAGUCAAUCAGAAACUUUAUUGUUGUUAGCAUAUUUCAACAUUUUUUUAAUAGGAGAAAGAUAUUUUCUGUGGAUAAAGGAAAAGGAAACAUGAUUUUAUUCUAUUUUAUUUUGAAAAUAAAUCACAGAUAGAAUAUCAUUUCUUUACAUAAUAAAAUUCUACAUCCAAGUAUUUGCAUACUAUUUGUUAGCAGACAAUAUUAAUAGGUUUCAAGAUAAUCUCUCAUUAGAUUCUGAGAGUGUCUGCUCUAGCUGAUGACAACUAGAGUUGGACUCUAUAGGAAUCCAGGCAAUAAUUCAAGUAGAGUAAAAAGUAAGUUGAAUUAUAAAAAAAUGAAUCAUCUUAAGAUCACCACUGAUGAAUAAAAGUUUCAAUAGCAAAAGCAAAGUAUAUUAAAAAUUAAGGAAAAUAUGUCAACUAUGUUUCUCUUCAUAAUUUUACCACAGUAAUUUUUUACAAUCAUGGCUGAUUAUAAAUGGGUAUUACAUUUUUUUCACAACUUCUUUACAACAUUUUCUCUAAAUUAUUAAAAUAAGUACCCUUUUUUU